CAGUUAAUUUUGGAAAGCUUGUCAAUAAACUUACCCUGAUUUUCAACAGGAAAACCAACUACUGACCAUCCUGGCUUGAAAACCAUGUAAACAACAGUUAAGAUGUUGAAAGGAUUGUUCAUAAUCUUCCUUAUUGUCUUCACUCAAAUUUUGACGGAUUACGGUUGAGCUCAAAAGUUGUGUCGCGAGCUGAUCUAAUUACCAUUGAUUAUAAAAGUGAAUCUCGUGUGGUGAAAAAUGGAGUCCUUCAAAUUCAUGAUUAAUCAGCUCUUCAUGAAAUAACAACACACCAAUAAAACUGUUGAACCAUUUAAACCUUGGUCUUGACUGCCAACGAGUCUCGUCUCAAUUUGAUUAUCUGAUGUAUAUUCCUAGUUAUGAUCAAUAUCAUAUUGACCUUUUUAUGGACGAUAUUGUGUCUAGUUAACAAUGGAUUAUCAAUGCCGUCAAGAGUAAGCAACAGGUCAACAAUAAAGGCCAAUCAACUACACCUAAGUGAAAGUUUAUCAUUAAAUUAUUGUGAUGAGCCAAUAUGUUAUAAAAAUGAUGAUGGUCAAGAUCUUGGUUGCUUUGAUCCUUGGCCAUUGACAGUUUAUGGGUCCAUUGAUUUAUACAGUGUCUGUCCACAAGAUCCGUCUUCUAUUGGAACAACAUUCAACAUCUAUCAUUCAUCAAAACCAGAACAGAUGACCCAUUCAUUGGAUUCAAUUAAUUCAUCUGACAAGAUUGUCUUCUUUAUUCCUGGUUAUAAAAAUGUUUACAAUGACAGUCGUUUCAUUGCCCUGAAAGAUGAACUUUUAUCGGUUGUCAAUGUUGUUAUCCUGGUUGACUUUGCCAAUGGAGCUGAUCCAGGAAUCGUUUCCAGAGUUACUGAUUUUUAUAAUUUUCAUCAAGCAGCAGCUAAUACACAGAUUGUUGGACGUCAGAUUGCAGUGUUGUUGAAAAAUUUGAAACUUAAACGAGACAUUGACUAUGAUAAUGUUCAUCUGAUUUGCUUCAGUCUCGGUACUCAGGUUGCUCAUUUUAUGGGUUCAUACGCUUUGACUAGAUUUGGAUUCCAAGUAGGAAGAAUCACAAGUCUGGAUCCUCCUGGAAUACUGAUUUUUGCUCCUGGUAAACGCCUUAAUCCAUCCGAUGCUGCAUUUGUUGAUGUUAUUCAUACAACAUCUUUUAAGGCUCCUUGGGAUUUCAAUAAAGCCGGUUCAGGCAAAGUUGGAUCAUCUUUACAACUUGGUCAUGUUGACUUUUAUCCUAAUGGUGGAGGCGUGAAUGAUCUUGAUCAACCUGGAUGUUCAGGGAUUGAUUGGUGUUCACAUGCAUUUUCAAUCGCUUUAAUGAGAGCUUCAAUUAAUAAAUGUUUCUUCCAAGCAGUUCAAUGUAGCUCAAUAUAUGCCAAUGGUCAGUGCAAAAGAGAGUUGAAAGAUAGUAGACUUGGUUACUGGAGCAAUAAAUAUCCAGGUCGAGGUCGUUAUUAUUUAAAUACCUCUCAUAAUCCUUUGAUAAAUUGUUAAUUUUUUAAUUUUCGUCUCGUGUUAAUUGUUCAACUGUACUCCAUUGAAGUUAUUGUGAAACUAAUCAGAACUCUUUUGAUUUUUCCUCCUUUAUUCGCAUGUUUUUCUAUCAACCAAAAUGUCAAUAAAAAUCUAAAAAACCCGUUGGGUUAGAUUGAUAUUGUUACAUGAAUCGAGUUGAAAACGAAAAAGAUUCAGAUCAAAAUGAAAAUUAAAGACACUUUGGACAGCCUUUUCAA